GACCGGGGAUGCUGUAUGAUGUAACUGGCCUCCCUGCAACUCCCAUUCACAUCUAUUAGGCGUCCAGCCAGGACUCCUCCUCCUAUUUAGAUUAGGUCAUCCUGUCCCUAUUUUUCUAUGGGUACUAUAUAGCCUGCACUGUGGCAGCACCAGGGUCAUUCCUCUUCUAAGCUAAAACAAACCUAUGGAUGGCACAGCUCCUUCUUGUCUCAGCUCCUUACAUCAUAAGCCAUGACUUGUCUCCCCCCCUUAUUAUCCUGGAAACAGCAUCAGCAGCAUCAUCAUGGGCUCUGUGAACAGUCAAUAUUCCCACGAGCAGAGAUAAACACAGGAUACAAAUCUCAGAUUUAAAGCCAUCCUUGCCUUAUGCAUGAAAGCGUCUCCCUGCAAUCUGUGCAGUGCUAGCCGCCAGACUGAGAAGGAUAGACAGAGGUCUCUAUCUUGCACAGCUGAGUGGAUUGGAUGAUGCAGAGAAGAACAGCAUGUUUUUAAACGCGGAGCUAACCUUAAGCACUGUAAAGGUCACUGGCGUACAGAUUGGAAAUUCACUGCAGCAGAUUCUUUAGUACACUGCUUAAUUUCUCAAUGUUGCCCCCUUGGGUUUUGGAUUGUGGAAUAUAGAACUUGGGGGUUCUCACCAGACCCGGUGGUCACCUCUAGCUCUAUCCAUGAGCUGUGGUGUCAGAAAGAAACCUAUUUUUACCUUAACUUUGACCGAAAAGAGCCCCCGAGCGGUUUGUUUGGAGGACCUAGAAUGAAAACAUCUCUUCCUUCUGUAAGCAGUUGCAGUAUUGACCAGAGGGAUCUUACACACCUUGGAGAGUCAUAAGAAAAGGACUCGCAAUGGCCAAUGAACCAGUUAUACUCAAUGUUUACGAUAUGUAUUGGAUAAACGAAUAUACGUCAACCUUGGGCAUAGGAGUAUUUCAUUCAGGGAUAGAAAUCUAUGGCAGAGAAUUUGCCUAUGGAGGACAUCCCUACCCGUUCAGUGGCAUUUUCGAAAUUACACCCGGCAGCGCAGUGGAACUUGGAGAAACAUUUAAAUUCAAGGAAGCCAUUGCCCUUGGUACAACAGACUUCACAGAGGAAGACAUUGAUAACAUCAUGGAGGAGCUAGGGAAGGAGUAUAAGGGCAACGCCUACCAUUUAAUGCACAAAAACUGCAAUCACUUCUCUGCAGCUCUGGCUGAGAUGUUGUGCGGAAAAGAAAUUCCCCGGUGGGUGAAUCGCCUUGCUUAUUUUAGCUCCUGUAUCCCUUUUCUUCAGAGCUGCCUUCCAAAAGAAUGGCUAACACCAGCAGCCCUACAGAGUCAUAUCACCCUUGGUCUUCAAAGAGAGGAGCAGGGAGAAAUCACAGAUGAAGACUCUCCUUCCACAUCAGGUGUUGCCGCAACAGCAACAUCGACUGCCUCCACUGGGGCUUCACGAACCUGUAGACACACAAGAGUUUAAAUUACAUUGUGACCUUCACAGACUAAUAGUUUUCAUUCUCCAAAGGAGAGUAUAACUUAAAUUUCAACUCAAGAAAACAACAACAUUCUCAUUAAAUUAUUAUUUUUUUUUAA